UUUCCUUGUUCGUACCAACAUGCAUUUUCCUUUAGUUUAUAAGUUGGAAAUGAUUAUUGGCUGGACAGAAUGCAGUUCGGGAGGAAUUCGGGUGAAUUUCUUUCGUGAUAACUAGCGUUCUCCAUGUUUUUAAUCUAUGUCAUCCAUACGAGUUUAAUGGAGGAUGACGUGAAUAUACCACGUGGCUAUUUAUGGGGCGUUUGAUUCAUCCGAUGGCGCAGAUAAGAAAGCCUGAGUUUCCCGUGUCAACGUUAGGGAUCUGGAUUUCACUAUUACCAAACCAAUCUUUAUGUUUAGGUAGCUGGGACCCAAACUCAACCAAACCAGUUUGGAAUUUUCUCUCGAGUCAACAAACAUUUUCCAAACCUACAAAAAGUAGCAAUGAAUUAAUUUUCCAAAAAAGUAAGAGAUGCAAAUCGCGUAGACGUAGCAUUUGAAUACAUACAGUUAGUUACAGAGGACGAAAACGACACCACCACCAGGUCCACCACCGUACUUUCAGAAUUUACCGACAACACCUCGCCGCCUUAAUUUUAAAGCUUUCUCUCUCUUCGAUCUCAUAAAGAAAUUAUGAACGCAGCAGCGUCACAUUUUUCCGUUCUUCCCAAUCUCAACUGCCAAAGAAAAUUUUCACUGUCAUGUUCUGAUAUUCAAAAUCUUAACCGUGUCGCUUGCUAUUCCGAUUGUAACAAGUCUACAUCUCAGGCAUCUUUGUUUUUGUGUCCUGGCUCGACAAAUAGAAGAAUUGGCAGCACAAACUUAGUUUGUCGGGCGUUUUCUUCUGUUGAUACAAGCACUUAUAAUGGGGUUGUUUUAGAAUCGCCUUCUCACACUGUAGAAGAAAAAGUUGGUGUUUUGCUUCUCAACUUAGGUGGACCGGAGACGCUGGACGAUGUUCAACCUUUUCUGUUUAAUCUGUUUGCAGAUCCUGAUAUUAUUCGGCUCCCAAGGUUGUUCCGGUUUCUUCAGCGACCGUUGGCAAAAUUGAUAUCUACACUUCGGGCUCCUAAAUCCAAGGAAGGGUAUGCUUCUAUUGGAGGUGGCUCUCCUUUACGCAAAAUUACAGAUGAUCAGGCACUUGCAAUUAAAAUGGCUUUGGAAGCAAAGGGCGUCUCUUCAAAUGUCUAUGUUGGGAUGCGGUACUGGUACCCAUUCACUGAAGAAGCUGUUCAACAAAUUAAGAGGGAUGGAAUAACAAGGCUCGUGGUGUUACCCCUUUAUCCCCAGUUUUCUAUAUCCACUACUGGGUCAAGCAUCAGUGUUCUGGAGCAAACGUUCAGGGAAGAUGAUUAUUUGUCUAGGGUCCCUGUUUCCAUUAUAAACUCUUGGUAUCAAAGAAAAGGUUAUCUCAAGUCAAUGGCUGACUUAAUUGAGAAAGAACUCCAGAGUUUUUCUGAGCCAAUGGAGGCGAUGAUAUUUUUCAGUGCCCAUGGUGUUCCUGUCAGUUACGUUGAGAAUGCUGGGGAUCCAUACCGAGAUCAAAUGGAGGAAUGCAUCUUCUUGAUCAUGCAGGAACUGAAGGCUAGAGGAAUUAACAACGAGCACACUCUUGCUUAUCAGAGCCGAGUGGGCCCUGUACAGUGGUUGAAACCAUAUACAGAUGAAGUUCUAGUUGAGCUUGGCCAGAAAGGUGUGAAGAGUCUUUUAGCUGUUCCAGUGAGCUUUGUGAGUGAGCACAUAGAGACUCUUGAAGAAAUUGACAUGGAGUACAGGGAAUUGGCUCUUGAAUCUGGCAUAAAAAAUUGGGCACGUGUCCCCGCCCUUGGUCUUACCCCUUCCUUCAUUACUGAUCUGGCAGAUGCAGUGAUAGAAGCUCUUCCAUCGGCAACAGCAAUAUAUGCCCCAGCCAACACCUCUGAAGAUAUGGAUAAUGACCCAGUAAAAUUCUUUGUCAAGAUGUUUUUUGGUUCAGUUUUGGCAUUCAUCUUGUUUUUCUCACCCAAAAUGAUAUCAGCAUUCAGGAAUCAUGUCAUUUAGAAGAGUACAGCCAGAAUUUGAUAGGCAAAGCAUAGUUGUUAAAGCUAUUGGUAACAAAUUUGUAUACAUAGUUUUUCCCUUGGUUUUACUCCUUUCCACAUAUAAUGUUUACGUCAUAGAGUUUUGAAGAAGCAAAAGCAAUUGUGUUUACUUGAUAAUAAUGAAAACUUGCACGUCAAUUUGGAAAUACACAGAAAGAACAACCUGGAUAAUUUACUUGUAUUUAUAAACAAAGAAGUUAUAAUUUUUUGUUGUUCUUGUAACGAUUUUAGUACAACAAUUGUAUGUAGUAAGUUCAAUAGCGCAUGUAUGCACAGGAACAUAUUUUGAAAUUGCGAUAAAAAUUCAGCAUCAUUGCCUUGA